UUGUCAAUUAUGAAUGAUUCAUUGGUGGUCUUGGAGGUUUUCGUCUUGUCUAUCAUACUUUCAUGUUUAGCAUUUUUUGUAUAUGAGUUUCGUGAAAAAAGAAAGUCUCAAGUCCAGCUCAUUCAGUAUAAGCGUCGUACUGCACGUGAGGGAAUUGUCGACUUUGGUAUCAGCAGGGAAGAAGCUGAUCAAGUUACGAGGUUGUGCACUUCACAUAUAUUAGAUACUGUCAAAAGCCAUCAGCUUAGUGUGGAGAAAGUAGUUCGUUCCUUUUGCCAAAGAUGUCGUUGGGCUGCGUCUCUGACAAGUUGCUUAACUAACGAGCUAUUUCUAGAAGCCAUUCUUGAGGCGAAAUCAUUAGAUGCGCAUCUACAGGAAACUGGUCAGACCAAAGGUCCUCUUCACGGACUGACAUUCUCAGUAAAGGACAACAUCGAUGUCAAAGGCUCAGACAGCACAAUGGGCCUUAUAUGCCGUUGUUUCCGUUCAGCAGAAGAAGAUGCAACUGUAGUUUCAGUCUUGAAAACUGCUGGUGCUAUAGUGAUUUGCAAAACCAACGUUCCUACUACACUUUUAACACCAUAUGAGACUGUCAAUCCCAUAUUUGGAGAGACUAAAAACCCUUGGUCUACCAUUCGAGUACCUGGAGGCUCUUCAGGAGGUGCUGCUGUGUUAGCAAGACUUUAUGGUGCCCAUUUCCACUUAGGAACAGAUAUCGGUGGUUCUUUGAGGGCUCCUGCACAUUUUUGUGGAGUUUGUUCUCUCAAGCCAACUUGUGGACGAUUACCUUCUAGAGGAGAGGCUUCCAUCAAUCCAGGUCAAAUAGGCCUUGAGUCCACCAUAGGAUUUAUGUCUUGUGAUGUGAAUACCUUAGCUUUGAUACUGAAAACUCUUUCGGACCCUCGAUGGUGGAACAGCAAGGUUGAUCGAGGACUUUCUCCACCGUUGCCAUUUGAUGAGGCACUAUAUAAUUCUAGCAGUAUGUUACGCAUUGGAAUUAUUCACUAUGAUGGUUGGCUUGUUCCUCAUCCUUCCAUUGAGAGAGCACUUCAACAUGUAUCGAGGCUUUUGAAAGAAAAGGGCCAUCGCGUCAUUGAUUGGACUCUUCCUGUAGAUCAAUGGGAAGUUAUUGCAAUAUUUUCUUCUAUCAUGACAUCCGAUGACAUGGAAAUGAUACGAAGAGCCAUUGCGGGAAUAGAACCCUCUUCCUUUUCCAAGUCUUUAUUAUCAAGAAAUGGCAAACUCAAUUCUUUCUCGCUAUCCUCCUUUUUCGGCAUGCGAAAUAAUAAUCCUUCACAAGAGAAGGACAGGUUUAUUUCCGAAAUGUUGUUGUUAUCUUGUGUUCCUCGCAUUGUACGUAAAAUAUUGGCAUUUGCCUUGGAGCAUAUUUUCGGAUCCAAGAAGGCUGCACAUAUUUUACGGAGUUUUGGUUGUUGUCAAAAAGUUAUCGAGUUAGAACGAGUAGUAGCCAGACAAAGAGCACUAAGAGAACAGUUUGUUGAUGCCAUGUCUCGCGAUCGUCUAGACGCUGUCAUAUUGCCAACUUGCGCUAUUCCAGCGGGUAGAUCUUGUAUAAGUGGCUUUCGUGUCCUUGCUGCCUUCUCUUAUUGUUUUUUAUGUAAUGUAUUGAAUAUACCAGCUGGAGUCGUUCCUAUAACUUUAGUAAAUGAAGAGGAAGGUAGAAACGCUUGGCUUGAACCUUGUAGUGACCUACUGGAAAGAGAAGUGCAAAACUGUGUUGUUGCAGAUAAUAUCAGCUGCGAAGGUCUUCCAGUUGGGUUACAAGUAGUAUCUUACCCUUGGAGAGAAGAAACCUGUCUUCGAGUAAUGAGAGAAAUGGAGGAACUUGCAAAAGCCCAGAAAUAGUCGAGAAGUACUGAUUUUGGAUGA